UUUGCAGCAUUACUAAUAUAUUUUAAUUCCAUAUAGAUUUUGCGUUGUUUAAAUUCGGUUAAAAUUAACAAAGAUAAAUUGCUGUUGAAAAUAAUAGUUUGAACAAAAUGCCAUUCAUCGGACAAGAUUGGAGGGGACCUGGAUACAUUUGGAACAAAUCAGGAACCUCAACUUGGGAUAUUUGUGACAGAAAUAUUGGAGUCCAUCUUGAAUCAGUGCCCAGAAGUCAGGUAAAGAAAAUAAUAGAGGCUUUCCUCCGGCAGAUGCAAGAGAAAAAAUGCCAAACCUCUUACACAAAUUUAACUUCUGCUCCAGUUUCGAAAUGCAGUGUGAAAGAAAAUAUGACCUGGCUUCAAGUAAGCAGUACUGGGAGCAAAGAGUGCAGAGGAUAUACAACAUUUGGUGAAUUGAUCCGGAGAUUGGACCUCGCAGGAGCAGCUGCGCUUCCACACAGGUUCCCCUACAUCCUGAAGAUUGCAGAGCUUGUUGUUCGCCACAAGAUGUCAACGUUAAGCGGCAUGGCACAAUCGCACUUCUUUCUUCUGAUUGAAGCAUUACUGGAACAAGUACUUGAACGUGGAUGUGAGAUUCGACGAAUGAGAUCCAUCCUUAAUAGAUUGAUGUUCCUACUUCAACGUCAGUCUCGACGAACCUCAUUCAGUUCUAAACUAUCCUGGUUCCAAUGCAUUGAGACUGUGAGGAUAUGGCAGAGCAAGCUUAAAAGGAUUGAAGUUACUCGACGUUUUGAUAAUCGUGCUACUUUAACUGACCUGCCUCUUGAACUACAAUACGACAUCAUUGCUUUCUUAAAUGAAGCAGAAGAUGUGAAUGCUGCUUCCAAGGUUUGUCGGACUUUACACAUGAUAUGCGAACAGCCAAGUAUCUGGAAAAAUCUCUGCUACAAGAAUUUCACUCAGGAACAAGUGGAUUGGGCAAUUGCUUUUAUGAUUCGAAAGAUUAAGAGAAACCAGAAAGUUGAAGAAGGAAGCUCUUCUUUGGAUCAGGAUUAUUUUAACAUAAACAGUGCCUCUAAGUGGAUGGAAGUCCAUGCUCUGUUGCAUAAAGCUUACGUAUCUCGCGAAUUGAUUUAUGUGGAUCCACUAUUACAUUGCCAAAGAUGCUCCGUCUUAUUUUGGAAGGAUACCGGGCAUCCUUGUAUUGAAAGUGAUAACUCAAAUGUGAUUAUUGAUCAACUGAGUCCGCGGAAAUUCAUCUCGUUUUUCGAUGAUUAAAAUGAACUUAUUUCUUUCUUCUACAUUGGUUCUUCCUUCUUUUUUGUUGUGCCGCCUGCCCUGUCAUUUUUUUGUUAAAGUGUUGAAAACUCUAACCCACUCACACAAAAGGUCAAAUAUUUUGUUUUGCACAGCUUACUAUAACAUCAAAGUUUGUUUCUGAUAAUUCAUUUGGAUUUUACAACAAUUUGUUGCAUGGUAUAAUGCUGAUCAACUUUGAUUAUUCUCUGCACAGGCUUAAUAAUUGUCCUAUUAUUAAUAUUGUGAUUUUCAUGUUUGCGCUGCUGGUGCUAUAUAAUUUUCUUAUCUUUCAAACUUUUUAAUAACACUUACUGAUUUUUCUUUGGUAUAUGAAUAGAAAUUUGCAGUUGCAGGUUUGCACGUUGCAUUAACACACUUAACUUGUUUCUUUUAGCCAUUUCUGUUACAACUUGUUAUAGCACUGUGUAUAUUUGUAUAAACCCAUUUAUGUUAUUGCCUUUGUUGCCGCAUUAUGUUGAAAUGCACUGUUCUAUGAUGCUUCAUUUGACAAACACUGUAUUGCAAUACUUAUAUUGGUCAAACAAGCUACUUAAAGCAAAUCUAAAUUAAUAAAACAGUUUGUUCGCACACUUAAAAUUAUUCCCACACAUAUCAGAAGACACAUGUGACAUAUUUUUCUCCUACUUUUAUAGACUGAAUCUACACAUCAUUAUCCAAAACGGCCAUGACGUUUAUACUUUUUAUAAAUAUUUCUUUUCAUAAAUUUGUUGCAUUUUGCUUUAUACAUUUUAAUUGCCUAAACAGUCUGUUUAUUGUUCCAUUUGUUUGUUCAAAAUUUAUCUGUGUGGCAGUAACUGUGAAUGUGUAUAAUAAAACAUGCUGCUUUUCUCUGUUA